AUGAAAGUGGCAAUUAAGCCAUCCGUACAUCUCUGUCCCGUAAUUCUCCCUAUAAAUAGCACUUCCCAUUCCGACUUUACAGCUUUGGUGACAGUUGGCCUCUGAUCACACCACCAACCAUCGAACCCACCCCCAACGGAAAAGAUGGCGGUGACGGACUUCUUCGCCGGCGAAAUUGCCACGGAGCUCCUCAAAGUCCUAUUCCAAAUCUGCCGCAAAUACAGCCUCUGCAAAUCCACCGCCGAGAGCCUCAUAGAAUCCAUCAACCACCUCCUCCCCAUCGUCCAAGAAAUAAAGUACUCGGGCGUCGAGCUACCCCAGCCGCGCCAGCGUCAGCUCGACGCCCUCUCCGGCUCCCUCUCCUCCGGCCUCGACCUCGCCAACAAGGUCCUCCGCUCCUCCCGCUGGAACGUCUACAAGAACCUCCAGCUCACGAGGAAAAUGGAGAAGCUGGAGAAGCAUAUCUCGAGGUUCAUGGCGGGACCCAUGCAGGCGCACGUGCUGGCGGACGUGCACCACAUGAGGUUCGAGUCGGCGGAGAGGUUUGACCGGCUGGAUAACGCGGCGCGGCAGCUGGAGAGGAAGCUGGGGGAGAUGAAGAUUGGGGUGGCGGAGGGGGGAGGGUUGUUGGGAGAGGCGGUGAGGAGGAUGGAGGAGGAGGUGGAGGUGGAGGGUAGUUUGGGGAAUUUGGGUGGUGGGAUGGAGGUGGCGAGGAGGGAGGUGAAGGAGAUGGUGGUGGGGAGGGAGGAGCUUAGGGUUGUGGGGGUUUGUGGGAUUGGGGGCAGUGGGAAGACGACUCUGGCAAGAGAGAUUUGCAGAGACGGUGAAGUUCAAAGUUACUUCAACAACAGAGUUUUCUUCCUCACUGUAUCACAAUCUCCUAACGUGGAGCAAUUGAAAUUGAAGAUCUGGGGAAUGAUAACUGGAAACAGCAUGGCUGAUUCGAGUGACGUAGUUCCUCAAUGGACGCUGCUACCCUACGAUUUCAGGAUCGUCACGAAAACACUUAUGAUUCUAGAUGAUGUUUGGUCGCUCUCGGUUCUUGAGCAGCUUCUGCCAAGAAUACCCGGAUGCAAAACCCUCGUGGUUUCGCGAUUCAAAUUCUCCCCAGCAGUUAUCAACUGCACCUAUGAAUUAGAGCUGUUAAGGGAAAGUGAAGCCUUGGCCUUGUUCUGCAGAUUUGCUUUCGGGCAAAACUGCAUUCCUUCAGGUGCUAACGUUAAAUUGAUCAAACAGGUUGUUGAUGAGUGUAAAGGCCUUCCGUUGGCUCUGAAAGUAAUUGGAGCUUCAUUAAGGGACCAAACUGAAAUGUUUUGGAAUAGUGCAAAGAGCAGGCUAUCCCGAAGCCAACCUAUUUGCGAGUCGCAUGAAGUCCAGUUACUGGAAAGAAUGAAACUAAGCAUAGAUAUGUUGGCGCAGAAAGUAAGGGAGUGUUUCUUGGACUUGGGUUCGUUUCCAGAGGACAAGAAGAUCCCAAUUGACAUUCUCAUUAGCAUAUGGGUUGAAUUGCAUGAUAUUGUUGAGCCAGACGCUUUUAUGAAUCUUAUUGAGCUUUCGGACAAGAAUCUCCUCACUCUGGUGAAAGAUAAACGCCGCGGAGAGAUGUAUAGCAGUUACUAUGAGAUAUCUGUGUCUCAGCAUGAUGUGUUGAGAGAUCUCGCCAUACAUUUGAGCAACCGUGAGAGUGUAAACCAGCGGAGGCGAUUGCUUAUGCCAAGAAGAGAGGAAGGGAUUCCGAAAGAAUGGGAGAGGAAUAUCGAUAAGCCAUUCAAUGCCCAAAUGGUCUCACUUCAUACAGGUGAAAUGAGAGAAAUGGACUGGUUUUGCAUGGAAUUUCCCAAGGCAGAAGUACUCAUCCUGAAUUUCUCCUCGCACGAGUACUUCCUUCCUCCCUUCAUCGACUACAUGCCCAAGCUCAGAUCAUUAGUAUUGAUCAACUCAAGCACCUCGAAUGCAGUCCUUCGCAACGUAUCAGCCUUUGCAAAUUUGACCAACUUGACGAGUCUGUGGUUUGAGAAAAUCACAGUCCCUCAGUUACCCGAAACAACAUCACCGUUACAAAACUUGCGCAAAGUAUCGUUAAUUCUUUGCAAGAUCAAUGACAGCCUUGAUGAGUCGGUCGUCAACCUACCCCACCUCUUCCCUCGCCUCUUAGAGCUCACAAUUGAUCACUGUGUCGAUUUAAUCGAAUUGCCUAAAAGUAUUUGCCAAAUGCACAAACUCAAGAGUCUGAGUGUCACCAACUGCCACAGUCUCCGCGAACUGCCACCCGAGUUGGGGAAACUGACUUGUCUACAAAUUCUAAGGAUUUACGCAUGCCCCUCUCUGAGACACCUUCCGGAUGGAGUAUGCAGUCUUGUUUCGUUGAAGUACCUUGACAUUUCCGAGUGUGUGAAUUUGGCGUCCCUUCCCGAGGGGAUCGGCAGGUUAACGAGUUUAGAAAAGAUCAAUAUGAGUGAAUGCUUGCAGAUUAGGAAUCUGCCAAGGUCUGUGGUAGAACUGCAGUCGUUGCGUCGCGUGGUUUGCGACGAAGAGAUUUCUUGGUUUUGGAAAGAUUUGGAGAAUGCUUUACCAGAUCUUUGUGUUCAGGUUGCUGAGGAAUCCUUUAACUUGGAUUGGCUGGCAGAAUGAUUUAGGCUUACAUCUGUAGAUGUCACUCCAAUUUCCAUUUCUUUUUAUUGCUCUCUUGUAAUUGAACUACUUGUAGAUAGCUGAAAUAGUAGAAAGAAGGGUGGGUUAUUAAUACACCACUUUCUA